AAGAAAACUGCUCCAGAGCCAUGGGCUUAGCAUCUCGCUUGGUUGCGCUCUCCGACCGUGCUAUCCUGCGGGUUGCAGGGGAAGGCAGCGGCACCUUCCUGCAGGGCCUCUGCACCCAGGAUGUGUUGCGACGCAGCCAUGAGGUGGCAGCACUUCCGGCAGCGUUUCUGUCGCCCAAGGGGAAGGUGCUCUGCGAUACCAUCAUCAAGCAGCAGGAUAGCAAUGAAUACCUGGUGGACUGCCAUACCUCGAUCAUUGGCUCCCUGAAGCGUCUGCUGGUGCGGCACAAGCUGCGGCAGCCGCUGACCAUUGAUGAUGUCUCGAAAGGCUACCACUCAAUGGCGCUGUUGCCCCGGGCUGCGACAGAUGCUGCAGGUGAAGGCACCGCGCCAAGUGACACCCAGCCGUCCGAUUUCUUCGUGGACCCUCGCUUCGGAGGCAUGGGGCACCGUGCGAUUCUGCCGGCGUCCCAGGUGCCAGUGGCCAGUGGCAAGCUGUCGGAUUAUCACUUCUGGCGCGUUUGCUGUGGCGUUCCGGAAGGGCCCAGAGACUUGAAGAUCGAUGAGGUGAUGCCUUUACAUGCCAAUCUGGACUUGUUGGAUUUCAUUUCCUUUAGCAAAGGCUGCUACGUGGGGCAAGAGCUCCUGACCCGCACCAAGCACCGCGGGGCUGUGCGGCGUCGCAUCUUCACGGUGGUGGCCAGAGAUGCCUCGGCGGCUGCGGCAGAGAUGCAGGUGACCAGUGUGAAACGAACCGAUCCUCUGACGGCUGAAUUUGUGGUUCCAACCACCGAGUCUUUACAGCCUACAGAUGACAAGGAUGUGGUGAUCUUUGGCCAAACCAAUGGGGACACCAAGGGCCCCAAACAAGUGGGGACUCUGCUGACGACUUCCGGGAACUUGGCCUUGUGUAUGCUCAGAUGUGAAGGGGCCUUUAAUGAGGUCUCCAGCUUUGAGCAGGCGCCCUUGCCUGAGAACAUGAAAGUGAUCUCGGCAUCGGCUGCUUUGCAAUUCCUCGUUCGGGCACCGCCUUAUGUGUUUUCCUAGUUUCAUGCCUAGGGAUUUACAGCAGCCGCAUUGGUG